AAAACAACUUGGGUAAUUGUAAAGCUUGGAACUUUAACUAAGAUCCCAAAACUCACUCGCUUUUACUGUUGAUUUGAUCGUAUCCCCUUCAUCGCCCUCUCCUUCUUCGCCAGAAAUUUACAUAUAAAAACGGGUUUUUUCGCAGAUCAAUCCGGCCUUCGUCUGAGUUCAACUUCAAUUGCCAACAAUGGGGUUGGGUUCCCUUGCUUCCAGAGUUGUCAAGCCUUCUUCCAGGCUCCUCACCUCCCAAAACCCUAGAAAUCUCCUCCAUUUUCGACCCAUUGUCUCCACCACUGAGCUUCACAACGCUGAUGCUUCCGCCGCCCAGGCUCAGGCCGAUCCUGCCCCGCCCCCUCCUCCUCGGACCCCUCUCGCCGGCGCUCGCGUCCACUUUUCCUCUCCUGAGGACGCCAUCGAGGUCUUCGUUGAUGGGUACCCUGUCAAAAUCCCCAAGGGUAUGACGGUUCUUCAGGCUUGUGAGAUCGCUGGGAUUGACAUUCCUAGAUUUUGUUAUCAUAGUCGUCUUUCCAUCGCUGGGAAUUGCCGUAUGUGCCUUGUUGAAGUCGAGAAAUCCCCCAAGCCUGUUGCUUCUUGCGCUAUGCCCGCUCUUCCUGGAAUGAAAAUUAAGACUGAUACCCCACUCGCAAAAAAGGCUCGAGAAGGAGUGAUGGAAUUCUUGUUGAUGAACCAUCCAUUGGAUUGCCCAAUUUGUGAUCAGGGUGGAGAAUGUGAUCUUCAGGAUCAGUCUAUGGCAUUUGGGUCUGAUCGUGGGCGGUUUACUGACGUGAAGAGAUCAGUGGUGGACAAGAACCUUGGUCCCCUUGUGAAAACUGUAAUGACACGAUGUAUUCAGUGUACCAGGUGUGUAAGAUUUGCUACAGAGGUUGCUGGGGUUCAAGAUCUUGGCAUGUUAGGUCGUGGUAGCGGUGAGGAAAUUGGGACUUAUGUCGAAAAGCUAAUGACUAGUGAGCUCUCAGGGAAUGUCAUUGAUAUUUGUCCAGUUGGGGCAUUGACCUCAAAACCUUUUGCAUUUAAAGCCAGGAAUUGGGAAUUGAAGGGUACAGAGAGCAUUGAUGUUACAGAUGCCAUUGGAUCUAACAUUAGAAUUGAUAGCCGUGGUCCAGAGGUUAUGCGUAUCGUGCCUCGGUUGAAUGAGGAUAUUAAUGAAGAAUGGAUAUCAGACAAGACUCGCUUUUGUUAUGAUGGUCUCAAGAGACAGAGAUUAAAUGAUCCAAUGAUCCGUGGUGCUGAUGGACGCUUUAAGGCUGUCAGCUGGCGUGAUGCCCUUGCUGUGGUUGCUGAAGCUGCCCAUCAGGUUAAACCUGAGGAAAUUGUUGGAAUUGCUGGAAAAUUAUCUGAUGCCGAGUCUAUGAUUGCUCUGAAAGAUCUCUUAAAUAGGUUGGGAUCCAACAAUAUAUGGUGUGAAGGAAAUGGACCGCAACCUAAUGCGGACCUGCGUUCUGGGUAUAUCAUGAAUACUGGUAUUGCUGGUCUUGAGAAAGCAGAUGUCUUUCUUUUGAUUGGCACUCAGCCAAGAGUUGAAGCUGCCAUGGUGAAUGCAAGAAUCCGAAAGACUGUAAGAGCAACUCAAGCUAAAGUUGGUUAUGUUGGCCCGCCUACUGAAUUCAACUAUGAUCAUCAACACCUUGGAACAGGACCUCAAGCACUUGUUGACAUAGUUGAGGGUCGCCAUCCAUUCUGCUCGAUCCUCAAAAAGGCCAAAAAUCCAGCUAUCAUUGUUGGUGCUGGACUUUUCGAAAGAAAGGACAAGGAUGCAAUCUUUUCUGUAGUUGAAAACAUUGCCAAACAAAAUAAUGUGGUCAGGCCUGACUGGAAUGGUUACAACGUAUUGCUUUUGAAUGCUUCCCAGGCUGCAGCCCUCGACCUUGGACUCGUGCCAGAAUCGGUAAAUAGCAUUGAGUCUGCAAAGUUUUUGUAUUUGAUGGGAGCCGAUGAUGUGGACUUGGAGAAGGUCCCAAAGGAUGCUUUUGUGGUUUAUCAAGGACACCAUGGGGACCGAGGUGUCUAUCGAGCAAAUGUCAUCCUCCCUUCAGCAGCAUUUAGCGAGAAGGAAGGAACCUAUGAAAACACGGAAGGUUGUGCCCAACAAACAUUACCAGCAGUACCAACAGUUGGUGACGCACGAGACGAUUGGAAGAUCAUUCGUGCUCUUUCUGAGGUAGCUGGUCUGCGGUUGCCAUAUGAUUCCCUCGGGGCGAUAAGGUCCCGGAUAAGUACUGUGGCUCCAAACCUCUUGCAGGUGGAUGAGAGAGAGCCAGCUACAUUUUCAGCUUCAAUUAAGCCUGAAAGCACCCAGAAGAUGGACAUGGCUGAUUUUGGCAGUCCCAUAGAAAACUUCUACAUGACUGAUUCCAUUACAAGGGCAUCAAAGAUCAUGGCACAAUGCAGCGCUUUGCUGUCUAAAAAGUGAGAUUUUCUUCAUUAUUUAAUGUUGUAAGAUUUACUCUUUUGCCUCUUCAACCCAUGUUUUUUUGGGAUUUUUUUUUCUUUCUUAAUUAAAGUCUGUGCAAGGCUUCUCUUCUUAGACCAAAUAUCUGGAACGCCCUCUAGUGCUUCUAAUAAAAGUGACCGGGCUUUAUUUGUCGUUUCACUGUAACAUGUUUUUGCAAUGGGAAACCAUUUCUGUGAAACGAUGGCAUUUGGAGUUUGGUUCUUCAGCAUUCUUUUUCUCAUAUAUAAAGACAACUUCCUUCAUGUUUA